AUGUUCACGAAACUCUUCCAGCAGUGGAGUUUGGCAGUGUUUCUGCUGAGUUAUUCCGUGCCCUCUUACGGGAGAUCAGUAGAGGGGAUCAGCCGCAGACUCAAACGGGCUGUAUCAGAGCACCAGCUAUUGCAUGACAAGGGCAAGUCAAUCCAAGACUUACGAAGAAGAAUAUUCCUUCAAAAUUUAAUUGAAGGUGUCAACACUGCAGAAAUCCGUGCAACUUCGGAGGUUUCACCUAACCCUAAGCCUGCUACCAACACGAAGAACUACCCUGUCCGAUUUGGUAGUGAAGAUGAGGGCAGAUACCUAACUCAGGAGACAAACAAAUCACAGACCUACAAGGAGCAGCCCCUGAAGGUAUCGGGGAAAAAAAAGAAAGCAAAGCCUGGAAAACGUAAGGAACAAGAGAAGAAAAAGAGGCGAGCCCGCUCGGCUUGGCUGAAUUCUGGCGUGUAUGGAAGCGAGGUGACUGAGAGCCCACUCUUGGACAACUCUGUUACUACACAUAAUCACACUUUAAGGUAA